AUGAAUGGAGAAUUGGCGCCUGAUGGAAAACCGAAAGGAAAUCGAGUUUGGACGGAUGGAUGUUAUGAUAUGGUCCAUUUCGGGCAUGCGAAUCAAUUGCGACAAUCGAAACAAUUUGGGAAAUAUUUGAUUGUUGGGGUUCACAGCGACGAAGAGAUUCGCCUUCAUAAGGGUCCCCCAGUUUUCAAUGAAGAAGAGCGAUAUCGAAUGGUUGCUGGAAUAAAAUGGGUCGAUGAGGUUGUGAGAAAUGCGCCAUAUGUGACAACUGUUGAGACACUUAACAAAUACGACUGCGAUUUUUGUGUUCAUGGAGAUGAUAUCACAUUAACUGCCGAUGGAAAAGAUACGUAUGAAGAGGUGAAGCGAGAGAAUCGGUAUAGAGAAUGCCAGAGAACCUGUGGAGUGUCGACGACGGACCUUGUUGGACGAAUGCUCUUGCUCACUAAAAACCAUCACACGCUGGAUGAUGAGAAUAUGGAGGAGCAUCGUGAACGCGCGAGAUCUCUUAGCACUGACAAUGUUGCCGUUUCUCCGUGGACGCGAGUCUCGAGAUUCGUUCCAACAACGACAACAAUUUUGGAGUUUGCUCAAGGCCGCGCACCGAAACCCACAGAUCGCGUGGUUUAUGUGGCCGGAUCUUUCGAUCUUUUCCAUAUUGGGCAUUUGUCUUUUCUGGAAAAGGCCAAAGAGUUUGGAGAUUACCUAAUUGUCGGAAUUCUCACGGAUCAGACCGUCAACAAGUACAAGGGGAGCAAUCAUCCGAUAAUGACGCUUCAUGAGCGCGUUUUAUCCGUUUUGGCAUACAAGCCGGUCAACGAGGUCGUCAUUGGAGCUCCCUAUGAAGUCUCCGCUGAUAUUUUGGACCAAUUUAAUGUUCAGUUUGUUGUGAAUGGCUUCCGCGAUCAAUGCAAUGGCAGGAAAUCGCCAGAUCAGUUGGAUCCGUUUGCAAUUGCGAAGCAGCGAGGAAUUUACCACGAAGUGGAUUCAGGAAGCGACAUGACUACGGAUUUGAUAAUUGAGAGAAUCAUAAAACAUCGACAUGAAUUUGAAACUCGAAAUAAGAAUAAGGAGAAGAAGGAAGCGGAUGUCGCUAGAAGUAUGGCAAAAAUUGCCGCCUAA